AUGUUCUCUCUCAAGGCCCUUCUCGUCGUUGCGUUCGUCGCAGCAAGCAGCGUUUCCAGCGCCAGCAUCGCUGCUCGCCAAUCCAGCGUCAGCUGCGGUGGACACUCGAUCUCUUCCAGCCAGAUCCAAACCGCUCUGCAGACCGGCUACGACGACUACCAGAAUGGCAGCUCUCCUUCAGGCUACCCUCACGCUUACUACCAGUGCGUGAUCCAGCAAAUGUGUUGUCCCACGUCUUGAGUGGAGAAAGAGAAGGAAGAGAUCACUUGUUGACUUUUGUCCAAGCUUGCUUUUGCAGAUACGCCGAUGAGCACAUUACCCUCCAGUGCGGCGGCAACUCUUACCACGAGUUCCCCAUCACUGGCUCUACCCCCUUCACUGGCGGCUCUCCCGGGUGAGUGACCGACACGGAGGAAUAGCCCGGGCCUCAACCAUGCUGCUGCUGCUGCUGCUGCCGAAAUGUCAAGCAAGCAGUGACGCAUCACACACAUGCUGACGCUUGGACUUUGGCUUCCCCCUCACUUAGCGCCUACCGUGUCAUCUUCAACGACGACGGCGACUACUGCGCCACAGUCUACCACGCGAGCAAGUCUGACAACUCCUUUGCUCAGUGCAACUAA